AUGGUAGACGUAACAACGGCUCCACCAUCCACCGGUGGAGCGUCCCUAAUUGGACGAACCAGAGGUGCACUUAAGUCCGUCAGGUCUGCGCUGGGAGGCAGUGGAGAGUACCUGCAGGGUCUAGGAAGUAGAAUAGGCUCCGCUCUAAGUAGCAGUUUAGAAGAAAGUGAAUUGACCACGACCCCGUCGACACCGCCCUCCUCGCCACAAGCACCACCUCAGACUGAGAAAGAGGAGGACCACCUGGCCAGAAGGAAAUUAAGGCUACCCAGAUUUGGAGCUGGUUUAACAUAUGAGGACUACGAAGCGAUGGCGAGGCACAAAUUGGAGCGUCAGGGUAGCGCCAAUGUGUCGCGGUGUAUGAGGAAAUACCCUCCGGGGAUGACCUACGAGGAAAUAGCGUCCUCGAGAUCAGCUGUGACCAAAAAACAGGAGAAUAAAAUCGAGGAAGAUAAUAGUCCAGAUAGGGACAGUCAGGAAAGCAUAGAGCCCCUUCAAGAGAAGGACAUCAAAGCCACAGGACCCGAUCCAUUUGAUAAAUUAAAUUACAAAGCAGCAAGGGCCCCGACCCGCUAUCAGACGGUCGUUUUUCGUUUAGAUAUGCCCUGUAGCAGCGACUCGACGAGCGAUCAAGACGGCUACGGCCCCAGCACGAGCCUAGAUUCGAAUAUGGAUGGGCGAAGAAUGUGGCAGAGAUCAGGUUCAUCGGGAUCACUACAAUCUUGGGCUUCCAGUCUAUCAGCAGACAGCCUGUCUGAGGAAGCCGCCGCGGACUUCAUGAAAUCCUUUGUACCUCUUCUGUUCGACGCUCCAAACACUAUUGAUCAAGAACAAAAAGCGAACUUCGGCCAAAUGGUUCUUACAGAAUCUGGUAGAAUAUGGUUCGCGAGAGUAGUGAAUGCGAGAAGAGCCCGUCCUUGCGUUACAGAGGCUUCGUUUUAUUCAUUGGCGCAACAUUUUGCAGUGGCGCUCUUCGAGUGUCACGAAGCCGACGACUUUGCACCAGCGAAAAGUCUCAUGAAUAUGUGCUUCACAUUCUACCACGAAGUUGAAGUACCCGGAUUGGAGCCGUAUCGAGAAUACUUGUACACGCAUCUGCGAGUACAACCGAUUUGGACGUCGAUGAGAUUCUGGACGGCAGCGUUUUUCGACGCGGUGCAGUGCGAACGAGCUUCGAGGCCAGUUCCCCCGAGACCCAAAUCCCUCGACCAGGAAGCCAUAGCUGUUGAGGAUCGAAGAUUUCAGGCUAACAUCGUUUUCGGGCAAUUAGGAACGUUUACUUGUAAUAUGCACGCAUUUGGCCUGUCGCGAACCCUGUGCUUAGAAUUCCUUAGGAAACAGUGCGUGAUCGCUAAUUUAACGAAAGACCAGGAAAAAAUGUUACGAGACAACAUAGAAAGAAUGUACAACGAGACUGAACCCUGGCGGUAGUUUCAUUUGGUCAUGUUCCUGCAACCUUUGGAAACAGUUCAUUCGAAACAUGUCCAGCUCCUCAAGUGCGAUUUGCGGAAAAGAUCGACGCGGAAGUAAUUGAAUCGUAACUCCAAUGAAAAGUGGGAACGUACGAUUCUGGAAAGAGCAAAAAUGUCAAUUUGAUCGAGUAAUAACAAUCCCAAACCA